CGUGAUCACCUGUUUAUUUGUAAAAAUGAAUAAAUUGUUCCUUUCGUGAUUAUUUAUUAGAAAAAUGCAGAAGUCAGCUUUCUCAUCAGUUCUGAGUGGGGUGAGCUCUGUCGACCCCGACAAUGUGCAGUUCCUCAUGUUCAGUGAUGAAGACAUCAGGAAGCUCAGUGUAGCCGUCAUCACCAACACCAACUCCUUUGAUGUCCUCGGCAAUGCCACUACCGGGGGCUUCUACGACCUUCGCUUCGGACCAACUAGGGAGAGAGGUGAACUUUGUGGAACCUGCUCAAACACACUGCUCUACUGUCCAGGCCAUUUUGGACACAUAGACUUACCAGUUGUAGUUGUCAAUCCACUAUUCAUAAAAACAAUAUAUACCUUGUUCAGGAUAAGUUGCCUAAAAUGCUGCAAAAUCCAGAUGGAUGACCGGACAAAGUUUAUACUGAAGCUGCAGCUAGACCUGAUUGAUGCUGGCCAUGUCACCGCAGCAUUGGACUUGGAGAACUACUGUGGAGAAAUCGCUUCUAAGAAAGAUCCAGAAAAAACUCAUAAAGUUCUAAGAAAAUAUCAGAAGCUACUCAAUGUUAAAGAUGCGGUAGCUGAAACAUUUCACAGUAAAAACACAGAUGUGCUGAGGAAAAGAAUACUGAACAAUCACUUCAAACCUAUGAGCUUGGCUAGAAAUUGCAUGUAUUGUAAAAGUAAAAUAGUCAAAGUGAAUACUUCGGAAAAUAAACUCAUGCACAAUAAUACAGCAGAAGGAGCUAAAGGCAUUAAAAUCUUGAUGCCUGAUGAGAUUCAAGCCUUCUGCACCAAGCUAGCUGAAAAUGAUGGAGAGAUUCUAUCACACUGUAUUCCCAUCUUGAAGUUCAGCAAAACUACUCCAGCAACAAAUGUAUUUUUCAUGGAAAUAAUACCUGUCCCCCCUCCCAAUGUGAGGCCCACCAAUGUGCUGCGCGGAGAGCUUCUAGAACACCCGCAAACUAAUGUCUACAAGUCAGUGUUGGGUACUGCUCUAGUCAUACGAGCUAUACUGCAAGUGAUUUCUGCUGUUGACCAUGAAAAGGCAAUUGACAGCUUAGAUCAAAGGCCAAGAGCAGCCUACCAGUCUGCCUAUGGCAAGACACCAGCUGAAAAGCUACAUAAUACUUGGCAAGAAUUACAGAAGAAUGUCAACCAGAUACUCACUUGUGAAGGAACAUCUGCCGGCUCCACUAGUCGUGGCUUGAAGCAGGUGCUGGAGCGUAAAACUGGCGUCAUAAGAAUGCACAUGAUGGGCAAGAGAGUUAACUUUGCAGCCCGAUCUGUUAUCACACCAGACCCCAAUGUCGACAUUGAUGAGAUAGGUGUGCCAGAUGCAUUCGCCACUAAGCUAACAUACCCUGUCCCAGUAACACAAUGGAAUGUGGAGGAGCUCAGGCAAAUGAUCAUCAACGGCCCCAACAAACACCCUGGAGCAGAAAAACUAGAGAUUGAAAAUGGAAGAGUUAUUUUACUGCCAGCUGAUUCCAUACAAAAACGGAAAAGUAUAGCUAAAAGACUGCUUACACCCGAUGAGUACAAGACUUCUGGAUUGAAGAUUGUGCAUAGACAUUUAAUUAAUGGAGAUAUGCUCAUACUGAACCGUCAGCCCUCUCUGCACAAGCCCAGUAUGAUGGCACACAGAGCUAGAAUCUUAAAGGGCGAGAAAACUCUCAGAUUACAUUAUGCUAACUGCAAAUCUUACAAUGCCGAUUUUGAUGGAGAUGAAAUGAACGCACAUUUUCCACAAAAUGAGAUUGCCAGGAGUGAAGCCUACAACAUCAUGUCGGUCCGAAAACAAUACCUUGUUCCUAAAGACGGAACCCCUUUGAGUGGUCUCAUUCAGGAUCACGUCAUUUCUGGAGUAAAGAUGUCGCUUCGUGGAUCAUUCUUCAACAAAACUGAUUACCAACAGCUUGUUUUCCAAGCUUUGGCCAAUCACAAGGGCCAAAUCAAGCUGCUGCCCCCAGCUAUACUAAAGCCAUGUAUGCUGUGGUCAGGCAAACAAGUCUUAUCAACUAUAAUAAUCAAUAACAUCCCAAAAGAUAAGCCUUAUCUCUCACUAACCAGCAAAGCAAAGAUCAGUGCAAAAGCGUGGCAAAGAGUACCGGAGAGGAAGUGGAAAGCUGGCGGCACGCCAUUCGCUGACUCCAACACAAUGACUGAAGCUGAAGUUGUCAUUAAGAACGGUGAACUUCUAUGUGGGGUGUUAGACAAGACCCACUACGGUGCGACACCCUAUGGUUUGAUACACUGCAUGUUUGAAUUGUAUGGCGGAGAUAGCUCGAGCGCUUUACUCAGCUCAUUUUCCAAGGUAUUUACAUACUACCUGCAAUGGGCUGGCUUCACUCUUGGUGUCAAAGAUAUUCUGGUCGUCGAAAAAGCUGACAAGAAACGCGAUGAUUUUAUCUGUCUCGUCCGUCAGUCUGGUAAGAUCGCGGCUGCGAAAGCCACAGAAUUGCCCUUGGACGUGGAUGAUCAACAGUUGAAAGACACCAUCGCAGAAAUGUUUGUUAAAGAUCCAAAGUUCAGGGCAACACUGGAUCGUCAAUACAAAUCAAUGCUUGAUGAGUAUACCAAUAAAAUCAACACGGCUUGUUUAGUGGAAGGUCUACUUGAAAAGUUUCCCUACAACAACCUUCAACUGAUGGUGCAGUCAGGUGCCAAAGGAUCCACCGUCAACACUAUGCAGAUAUCUUGCUUGUUGGGGCAAAUAGAGUUGGAAGGAAAGCGGCCUCCUCUCAUGAUAUCAGGGAAGUCGUUGCCAAGUUUCCCGCCACACGACACAUCGCCGAGGGCCGGCGGGUUCAUCGACGGCCGCUUCAUGACCGGCAUCCAGCCGCAAGAGUUCUUCUUCCACUGCAUGGCUGGAAGAGAAGGUUUGAUCGAUACUGCGGUCAAGACCAGUCGUUCCGGUUAUCUGCAGAGAUGCUUGAUCAAACAUUUGGAAGGCUUGAGUGUCGGAUACGAUCACACCGUCAGAGACUCCGACGGCAGCGUGAUUCAAUUCGCAUAUGGAGAAGAUGGACUUGAUGUUCUUAAAUGCCAAUACCUCAGGAAGGAUCAGUUUGAAUUCCUGGACAUAAAUUCGAAGGCAGUCAUGGAUGAAUCAGUUAUUAAAAAGCUCAAAGAAGACACAGACGCUAAAGCCAUAACAAAAGCACAAAAGUCGAUAAAGAAGUGGAAAAAGAGGAACGGAAACCCGUCACAAAAAAUCCCAAUCAGCCCUUUCACUGAGUUCUGUAAAGUAAUGAAGCCGGAGAUUGAACUAGAGGAGGAACCAGAUAUCAAGACACGAGACCCAUACUACUGGGAGCUGGAGAAGAAAUGGCGUGAGUUGGACGAAGAAGAGAGACAGCAAUACGCUAAAGGAACUUGCCCAGAACCGAUACAGAGUAAACAAUCGCCAAACUUCAAAUUGGGAGUUAUCAAUGAGCAGCUCGAUGGCGUCAUACAGAAGUAUCUUAAGAACAGGCAAGAUAACCUUUACACAGAGUAUACCCAAAAAGACAAAUUUGUUGAAGUGAUGAGUGCGAAGUAUCUAGCGUCGAUGGCUGACCCUGGGGAACCAGUAGGGCUGCUAGCUGCCCAGUCUAUCGGAGAGCCGUCUACUCAGAUGACACUGAACACGUUCCACUUUGCAGGGCGAGGUGACAUGAACGUCACUCUCGGUAUUCCUCGUCUGCGAGAAAUAUUAAUGACAGCGUCAGCCAACCUGAAGACACCCAACAUGGAUAUUCCAUUCCUUGACGUACCGGACGUGAAAAAGAAGGCGGAGAAAUUAAAAUUGAAACUGAACAGAGUGACCGUUUCUGAUGUGCUGGAAAAGAUCGAUGUGAGCUGUGAGAUAGUGACAAAACCGGAACGCCAACUAAAGACUACCAUGAGGUUUAACUUCUUGCCGCACAAGCAGUAUAAGAGUCGGUACGCUGUAAAGCCGGCCCAGAUCAUAAAGCACAUGCAGGCUAAAUUCUUUGCGUUUAUGUUCAUCGUGAUUCGAAAGCAGGCUAAAGCAACGACUGGGAUUCUUUGGAGUGCGGACAAGCAGCCGAGGAAGAAGAGGUCUGGAGCUGAUGAUGAUGAAGAUGAUGAACCGGUGUCAGUCGAGAAAGAGACUGACAACAUCGCUGACAGCUCCGAUGAGGAAGCUGCCAAUGACGAUGAUGACAAUACUGAUGCGAGACUACGAAGCAGGCGAGCCGAGGAGCAAGAAUACGAAGACCCGGAAUCUGAAGAAGAAGAGAAAUCAGACGACGAAGGAUUCCAGGAUGAAGACGAAAACACAGAGAAACCAGACAACGAAACCGAAGAAGUGGAAGUCGUGGAAACAGAAAAAGUGUCAGAGAAAGACAGCCAGGCCAUGGCUGACGUCGUGAGAUCCGUGCAAGACGCCACAAACUACACCUUCGACACAAAGAAGCAUCGUUGGUGCGAACUCACAGUGAAAUUCCCCAUCUCUUUCCUACGUCUAGACCUGUCGCAAGCGCUCAGAGAAGCGGCUCAGAAAUCCGUCAUACACGAGGUGAAGAAUAUACGUCGAGCGAUUACCGACGUCGACAAAGAUACGGUGAUUCUCAGAACUGAGGGCAUAAAUAUCUUGCAGAUGUUCAAACACUGUGACUUGCUCGACCUGAACAGACUAUACAGCAACGACAUCCAUGCGAUAGCGAACACAUACGGCAUAGAAGCUGCCACCAAAGUGAUUAUAAAGGAGAUCAAGAAUGUGUUCAAUGUGUACGGUAUCACAGUAGACCCGCGCCAUCUAUCCCUGGUCUCCGACUACAUGACGUAUAAUGGCAGGUUUGAGCCAAUGAGUAGGAAAGGGAUGGAAGCAUCGUCCUCUCCUCUUCAGCAGAUGUCCUUUGAGUCGUCACUGACAUUCUUGAAGGAAGCGGUGCUAAAUGCCAAACAUGACCAGAUCAGGUCUUCGUCCAGUUGCCUCAUGAUGGGUCAGCCGUGUAGAAGCGGCACUGGAGCCUUCAGCUUGCAACAUUUCAAUAAGGCUAUUUCGUAAUCAUAUAAGAGUAAAUUAGCAUUUAAGCAAAUUACAUUUGUAUAUUUUAUAGGGAAUAAAAUAAUUAUCAAAUAUGCAAGAUUUUAAAUCAAACAAGCCUACCCCGCAAGGGAGUACAUUAGUACAAGGUGUGAGUGUUUAUUUAUAUUAAAUCAAACAAAACAUUGGCUUUAAAAACCUUUUUGUAUUUAACGGUAUUUUUAUAAGAGCUUAUACAAAACUAUACGUAUGAAAUUUAAAUUUGGUAUACUGUAUUGAGGCUAGAUAGUGUCAUACACUCGCGUUUCAACAUUUUGUACUCACUAUAAAGGCACAGCUCUUAUUUAUCAUUGUCACAGACAAACUACCUAAAUGUUUUCUCAAAACUGAAGCUAUAAGUAGUAAUGUUUACUGUUUAUACAUAAAAUAAAAUGUAUCAUUUUAAAACAAUAACAGAAUAAUCACAUCAUCUGGCGCGCAAUGUCACUAAACAAAGCGAUAAACUAAUAAUUAUAACUAGUCUAAAGCAAUCUUAAAAUAAUUAAUUAAUGAACUCCUGUGUUGAUCGCUGGAUUAUGGAAGGCAAUAAUAUUUUGACUUGAGGCAGUUAGAAU